AUGUCACUAGUCUCAGAGGCCAUCUGGGCAGCGUCCCCAACCACAACUCGAGGACAGCCGACACCUCUUUCUUCAGACCCCAAGGGCGAGCGCAUAGCCUAUGCUUCUGGCAAAUCCGUCUUCCUCCGCUCCAUCGAUGACCCCGCCGUCAGUAAACAAUACACACAGCACACGACUCAGACCACUGUCGCUCGGUUCUCGCCAUCUGGCUUCUAUGUAGCUAGUGGAGAUGUCUCAGGUACAGUCAAAGUAUGGGACUGCGCGGGCGAAGGCGCUACAAAAGGUGAUUAUCACAUCAUCGCCGGGCGAAUCAACGACAUCGCCUGGGACGGCGACUCGCAGCGCAUCAUUGCCGUAGGCGACGGAAAAGAGCGGUUUGGGCACUGCAUCACGGCGGACAGCGGCAACAGCGUGGGCGAAAUUUCAGGACACUCCUCGCAAAUCAAUUGCGUCUCCAUCCGCCAGCAACGGCCUCUCCGUGCGGCAACCGGCUCUGACGACACCAGCCUGGUCUUCUACCACGGCGCUCCCUUCAAGUUUAACACUAGCCUAAGAGGGCAGCACAAUCGCUUCGUAUUCGGCACCGCAUUCGCUCCAGAUGGUUCUGUUUUUGCGAGCGUGGGCGCAGACAAACGCAUCUGGCUAUACGACGGCAAAACUGGCGAGGCAAAGGGACAGAUCGGCGAGGGAGUACAUACGGGCAGCAUCUUCGGUAUCUCCUGGGCUAAAGACUCGAAGAGACUGGUGACUGCUAGCGCUGACCAGACGGUCCGGAUAUGGGAUCCAGAAGCAGGCAAGGCUAUUCAGACAUGGAGAUUGGGCGAAGAGGGUGUCACCAGUGUGCCUGAUCAACAGGUUGGCGUUGUUUGGCCGACGGGCCGGAGCGAUGGCCUGGUGAUCAGUGUGGAUCUAGAGGGAAAUCUCAAUUACCUCAACGACGGGAACCCGAAACCAACGCGAGUGGUGCGCGGCCACCAAAAGAACAUCACAGCAGCCGGCAUUGCUGGGUCUACGUUCGCUACAGGAAGCUAUGAAGGCCGGGUCCUGGCGUGGGACCUCUCUACGGGACUCGCAGACAAAGUGGAAGGCGCUUCCCACUCAAACUACGUGGCCGGAAUCACCACAUCAGAUAGCAAGGGCGAGGCUGAGCUUUACACUGUAGGCUGGGACGACACUCUGCGCUCUAUCUCGGUCCCGAACAUGAUCUUCACUGGGGAGGCCAGCGAGCUCAAGUUUCAGCCUAAGGGAAUCGCUGCGACGUUAGGCGCGGUCCUGGUCCCAUCGUCUGAGUCGAUAGCCGUGUACUCCAAUGGCGACAGAGCAAGCUCAUUCCCAGUUAAUUACACGCCUACUGCCAUCGCCGCGCACGGCUCCAUUGUGGCCGUCGGAGGUGACGAUAAACUCGUCCGCAUCUACACGCUCUCAGGCACAGAACUCAAGGACACGGAAACAGUACUCCGCCGCGCAACCUCACCUAUCUCAGCACUUAGUUUCUCAUCAUCUGGCAAGAAGCUCGCAGUAGGUGCCAGCAACGGCAAGAUCUACGCAUAUGAAGCCUCCGCGGACUGGAAACUCAUCACCGAUAGGUGGAGCGCCCACACUGCGCGUAUCACAUGCUUGGCCUGGGACGAGAGUGAGAAGUUCACUGCGAGUGGCAGUCUAGAUACAAAUGUCAUGGUCUGGAGCACCGAGGAUCCGGGCAAACGAAUUAAGGCGCUCAACGCGCACAAGGAUGGAGUUACUGGUGUUGCCUGGGAGAAGACUACUAAGGUCAUCUCGGCGGGCGGUGAUGCAAGUAUAAAGGUGUGGGCGGUCAAGGCGUAA